GAAAAUUUUGGCUGGAAAUGAAAAGAAGUAACAGUAAUAUAGCAAUUAUUACUUUUCUUAUUUUAUACAAAGCUAAAGAAAUAUCAAUUAAUCCCCAAAAUUGAAACCUAACCGGGUAAAUCGAAGGUUAAUUUUCCCGCCAAAACUAAAAACAGUAAAACCCUCAAAACCUUUCACUUCACCUGCAGAUUUUCAUUUCUGGUAUUGCAAAUGGCACCAGCAAAAAAGAUGACAGAUUACGAGAGAAAGAGGCUUGACAACAUUCGCCGGAACGGAGAAAUGAUGGCAGCCCUCAGCAUCCAAGCCAAGCUCUCUCAUCUCUCCGCCGCCAUCAAACCCAAACGGAGGGUUGGACAUAAUAAGAAAUCCAAAACGGAUUCUUCAUUAAUUGUUAGAAAGUCAUUGCGUGUUAGUUCCAAUCAAAUUGCAAAAACAAGAAGCACCAAUAAACAAGAACCCUCCUUUUACAGGGGAAGUGGGUCUGAUCAAUCUCUGAGACACACUCUUUUAUCUCUCGAUAAAGAAUCCCAAGUGGGUGUUUUAGUAAAUGAGGGCCUUGAUGUGAAAAUGGAGCAAAGUGAUGGAAUUUUGAGUGUUAUAGAGAAGAAGGAAGUUGAGAGCUGUGUGGAUUUAUUUUCGUCGAUGAAUUUGAGGAAGGAGAAUGCGGUUAAAUUUUAUUUGCCGAGUAUCAGCGUAGUGAAGUUCUUGCCUUGUAAUGAUGUAAGAAUGAUUGUUACAGGGAAUAAAGGUGGCAAUGUUGUGUUCUGGAAUGUAGAUGGCAAGGUUGAGGAAGGAAAUGGGCUGUAUUUGUAUCGACAUCAUUCUGGUCCUGUUUCAGGGAUUUCAGUUCAUCAAUCUUGUCUCUCCAAGAUCUAUUCCAGCUGUGACUAUGGCUUUGUUCGGUUAAUGGAUGCUGAGAAGGAAGUGUGUGAUCUAGUGUACACCAACGCUGAGGGUGUAUUCUCCGUCUCCCAACAACCAGAUAACAUGAAUGUCUUAUAUUUUGGCGGCGGCCAUGGAAAAUUAAGUAUCUGGGAUGAGAGGACAAGAAAGCUUUCUUCCCAGUGGAAUCUGCAUGAAAAUAGGAUCAACACCAUAGAUUUCAAUUCACAAAAUCCUAAUAUUAUGGCCACUAGCUCCACAGAUGGGACAGCUUGCCUGUGGGAUUUAAGAAACAUUAGACCAGAUAAUCCCCAAAGUUUAAAGACAAUAAGCCAUCAGAGAGUUGUACAUUCUGCUUACUUCUCACCUUCUGGAAGUUACCUUGCAACAACAAGUGCUGAUGAUACAGUUGCGAUACUAAACAGUGCCAAUUUGGAUGAAACUUCCAGGAUUUACCAUAUGAAUAAGAUGGGUGUCAGAGGAAUAUGGGGUUGGGACGAUUCGAGCAUCUUCAUUGGCAACGUUGAAGUAGGGGUUGAUGUCAUUUCUUGCUCACAAAGGACAGUAAUUUCGACUUUAAAAAGUCGGUACAUGACUGUCACUCCCUGCACAUUUGAUGCCCAUCCUUACUAUGUCGGGAUGCUUGCCGGAGCAACUAGAUGGGGCCAUCUUUACAUUUGGGCACCAAACUAGGAAUUUUGAGAUCUUCUAUUUUGUCAACAACCAACCUUCCUGUAAUAUAUGAUUAGGGGUGUUCAAAAAUUAACCAAGCCAGAUGAAACUGAAAAAUGGCUCAAUUUUGUUUUUAAGGUA